CUUGAACCCCUGUCCACGACUCCAGACACCAGCAUCUCCUGACUUAAUACAAUGGACAGCAAAAUUCAGCAAAGCCCACAGUGGGGGAAGCAUGGCUUUGGGGAGCCCUGGUUAGAUUCAUGCCUCGAGGAGACACUUAUUCCUGGAAAAGUGUGGCAUAAGGUGUAUGAUAAGCUUGGCCCAGCCUUUGCCCGGGAAGUUGAGAGACAACUGAAGCAACCCGAACACAGUCAUUUAAUUUUCAGCAUCCUUGGAGAACACUUUGUUUGGAAGUAUUUCAGAGAAUCCCCCCACUGGCCUAGUCCCCUGUCUUAUUCCAAGUUGAGUGAUACUGAGAGACGGUCACUAGAAGGUGCGACCCAUGCGCUUUUGGAGAAGCUUUUGGAGAAAGCAGCUGCUGAGGUGCAUUGCCAAAUAAGAAUAGAUGGUGACUAUUCAGGAUCUUCUAAGGAAAUGGAGGAUUUUGUCCGUGACACCUACAAUUUAGUGGCUACACAGCUUAUGCAUUUGCUAACCAAAGAAGAGGCAGAGCAACAUGUCAGUGAAGAUAUGGAAUCAGAAUGGUAUGCUCAGGCUCAGAUCUUUUCACCAAGAAGGCGAGAAAAUUCAGUGGAUAGUAAAGACCUUCAUUUGACAACAAGACGGGGAUCUGCUUAUCAGUUAAAACCAAGAGGUGAAGGCCUCCACCUUGCUGACCAAAAGACUCCUCCUCUUAUCAGUACUGAGUCGGAAGUGCUGGGAGCCUCAGCAGCCACCAUCCUUGCUGUUCAUCCUGAGCUGAUGACCACAGUGUGCGAGAGGCUGAAAGGAAAACUGUUGCCAACUGCCCUUCGAAGCUCCAUCUGGCUUGAUAAACUGCUGAAGGCAGACGAAAUAUUAAAUAAACCUAACAGCUUGCAGAAUCUUGAAAAAGCAUCCAGAGAAAAAUUUGGUCGAGCAGUGGAACGCAGAGUUGGGGAAUUAAAACUGAGAAGUGCUACACGCUCACCUAUUUCUGGCUUAAUUGAAAAUGCAGUGGUUGAGAAAUAUGAAAGGAUGCCCUGCAUGCAAGCCUUUGCUACCAAUGAACAGAUGAUUGCUGAAGCGAGCAAAGCAUUGAAUAUCCUGUAUGUGCACAGUGGCGUGUAUGAGCCUUAUCUUGUCCUGUGGCUAUUUCCACUGCAGAUUGCUUUUAAGCAGACAUACGUGAGAGCUGAACACUGCUAUGAGCUGGCGAUGUACUUGCAUUUUCUAAUUCACAAGUUUCCAUCCUGGCCUAAAAUCUUAGGCUUGGCUGAGAAAGUCAUGAAGCGUGUACAGGAAGAGGACUCAGACUUAUAUGUGCACCUCCAGUCCUGUUCCAUGAAACAAACUGAAUCUAGCUCCAAGGACUUCUUAGUUGAGCUUAUUGCUCAUGAAAGAGAACAGGCUUUUGAAAUGCUGGAUGUUCCAGCCAAGAUGGACAGACAACACAUUAUCAACAGUGAGCUGCUGGCAAAUCCUGUUAUUUUUCUUCGAAAGUGGAUGAGUGAGGGUUUUAUCAGUGCACUUGACCUGCCUGCUGUGUUGUUGAUUUGGGACCAGUUUUUCAUGGAGGACUGGAACUGCCAAGUGAUGGAAGAUUUCUCUCUUGCAAUAUUGAUGCUGCUUAAGGAUCCACUGAUGGCAACGUAUGACUAUCAGUCAUUAAGACAGGUAUUUUUGGACCAACCCAGCCAUCUAUUUACAGAAGACAUUCGAAAAUCCUGGGUUCACUUGCAACAAGGAGGGCUACCAGCUGAUAUCCCGUGGUUUAACCAGUCAAAUAUAAGGUUCCUUCAGGGGAUAUCAUCAAGUCCAAGACAAAGAGAUCCAGUGCAUCCAGGUCCUAAUGUUCAGGUCAAUGUAUACAACUCAAAUGAGGAACUUCCCAAUAAACAGCCAGGAGGUGCUUUAGAUGUGUAUAUUGAUGCAGUGCAGUACAUUCCAGACAAUGCCACCAUAAUAAAGGUAACAGGUCAUUUCAUUCAAGAAGGAAUAGAUAUUCCAGAUAUACUGGCUCUUCCAGAGCUCCAUUCGCCAGCAAGAAGCCCACAAUUCCUAUAUCGCAUGACUACAAUGGAGGAAAAGAAGCUGGACCCUAAAGCAUUGCUCUUGCUGACAGUGUACACUGUUGAUGCAGAAUCCGGAGGACUUAGUGGUAUAGGGAGCUGCUUUGUCCAUCUAUUUGAUGAACAUGGGCACUUAAAUGUGGGAGGAUUUCAACUCAGAUUAAGAGGAGGAGUGCAAUCAAAAGAAAUCACCCUCACUGAAUCAUCACUCAGCCGCUACCCCGUAGUUCCUUGUUGCUCACUUUUAAUCCGAAUUUUACCUCACACCCUAGAUAUUGUUCAGCCUCCGGAGAACCAGAGUGCAUUUUACCAAAUGAUUGAACCAAAGCUCAAUAAAUCAGAAUUGGAUAUUAUCUCUUCUUUUGAGAAAGACUCCAAGUUUCCAACAACAGUGCAAGAUAUGUUAGAGUUACUAAUGAAAAAGGAGCAAGCUUCAGUUCCUGCUGCUCAGUGGCUUAACUGGUAUAAAGAGAGGAUGGAUGUCACAAAGCUGCUUUCAUCUCAACAGUACCUCAGCAUGAGCCAUAUGGUACACUACCGCCAACAAGCUGGCAUUCGAAUCCGAGUUGCACAAGCAUUUGGACUUGCUGCUGACGGCUUAUAUGUGAAUGCUCUGGCAAGAAUUCUGAAAGGAGAUGCCAGUCAACAUCUCCCAGAGCUCCCAGGGCACUGGGGCGGUGAGGAGAAGUUUCUCAGUCAUCGGCAUGAUUUUGCAAGCCUCCUGAGAUCUCCACGCUGGACCGAUCCAUCAGUGGUACUUCAUCCUUACUUUGAUAUGAAAACUGUCUUGUUGGUUGAGUUUUUUGGCCUCAAAGCAGUGUAUAAACCAGAUCCAAGUGGGAAUCAGCAUGGCAAAGUUAUGUCCCGCUCUGGGAAAGAACUGAAUUUCUCUGCCAUGUCACACUUGGGAUGGGCAGCAGUGCCUCUCUUUGAAAGUUCCCAUGUGUAUACUGGAGUACACCAUGUCCCCAUCUUCAAAAACAAACCUGAUGCUGAGAUUCUGAGGGCUGUAGUGGCCCAUCCUUUGAAAGAGGUCAUCAUGACGAGGCUGAAGAAGAAGACACUGAAGGCCCUGAAAACAUUUGGCAGUGUGGCUGUGGAGCUAUGGGAUGGCCACUUCUUGGACAAUGAGCAUCCUGAUUUGCCUGUAAAUCAAGAACUGCUAAAGCUGAAUAAUCUGUCCAAAUCACUCAAAGCACAGUCAAAUCAUUCUGGGAAAGGCAUGUCCAAUCUGAUUCUACAGACUUUAAAUAAGCAAUUCAGGAAACAGGGUCGAAACAGUCCUGCCUAUCAGCUUGAGGAGCGCUUCUAUGAAGAAUCGAUGGGCCGCACAUUUCACUCAUUAAUGGAGGAUCACCUAAUAAGCUCAGGCUAUGGCCCAAUAUAGAAGGAAUGCAGCAACGGAGAAUCCUGCAAACAUCUACACGCGACCAGACUGAUACCCAUUUAGUCGCCAUGGUGUACAGGAUGGAACUACCUGGAACUUUCUUCUUCUUCUUGGCCAAACAACUACCAGUUCUCUUACUUUCCCCUUGUAUUUCACAGGGGACACACACUGCCUGAAAUAGAUGUUCUCUUGUUUCACACCCAGGUAGAAAUUGAAAUAAGGCAAGUUUCUUGUCUAUUGCUGAUUUCUUGGCUCAUCAUUUAUUUCUUUAAUAAGAGAACAUUUAAUUAAAUUGAAUAGAAUCAGCUGUAAACAUGUGGCUUAAUUCAGAAAAAAAGACAUCCAGAGAUUGGGUGGAAGUUUCCUGAUAGUCUUCUUCUUCUUCUUUUGGCUGUUCCUGUUAGGGGUUGCCACAGUGGAUCAUCUUUUUCCAUAUCUUUCU